AUGUCGCCUACUGCUGUGCUCAUUCGUCAUGCCCAAGCCCUUCACAAUGACUAUUCCAUCCAUGACCCAGACUUGAGUGAACUGGGCCGGGAACAAUGCCUGGAGCUGCGCAAGAAUCUUUCCGAAAGGUUCCCUGACGAGACGGACGCCAUCAUCAUCGUCAGUCCCAUGAGACGGACCAUUCAGACCGCUCUGCGCUCUCUCGACUGGUUGAUCGCGAAGGGCGUGCGUAUUCAGGCCGAUGCUCGCUGGCAAGAAAACUCGGCCAAGCCAUGCGACACGGGCACUCCCAUCGCCAAACUGGCCGCGGAGUUCCCUCAGGUCGACUUCUCCACCGUAGACCCCGUCUACCCGGACAAGACCUCCCCGGCCGGUGCCAAGUACGCCUUCACCAAAGAGGCCAUUCUCGGCCGAGCCCAGUCUUGCAUCGAGAGCCUCCACGAGCGUAAGGAGAAGCUCGUCUUCGUGGUUUCGCACUCUGGGUUCUUGCGCCUCGGCGUAACGGGAUACUGGUACUUCAACGCCGACUACCGGAUCUUCAUGCCCGAUCAGAGUGACGUUCCCGGCAGUGUGCCAAAACUCAAGAUGCUCGCGUCGACCGUUAGCGGAGGCCUUGGUAAAUCGUGGACCGAUCCUGUUGAGAUCGGCUCCGACUUACCAGCGUCGGAGGAGCCCCCCAAUGGCAAGCUUGACAAUUGA